UGCAAAAACACACUCUUUCGUAUUCGUCCUCGAAGAAGAAGGCAGUCACCGACUCACCGCUUCGCUCGGAUUACACAAAAACAAAAAUCCAAACUUUUUGAUUCGAAUCAGUUUUGUGUAAUUCAUAGAAAUUUUGCAUCUCAACAAAAAAAAAAAAAGAACUCUUUAGGGCUAUUAGAGUGAUAAUUAUUAAUCUGUUUCAUCAAAUCAAUAUGGAGGUUUCUUCUUUCUCCACUGUACCCAGCAGACUCCACUGUAGUUCAAACUCCUCCUCUGUUCCAGGAUCGUCUCGUUUCAGAGGAUUCAAAGCUCACUCAUGGGACCAAUCUCUUUUUCAUGUUCAAUUGAGCUUACGGACAAGAAAAAACCCUCGUAAUCUGAUCAUUACUUGCAGUCAAAAGAGAGAUGUUACUGUUGUCGAUGGAAGUUGUAUGGAUGAGAUAUAUGAUAAGUUGGCAGAACGACUUGUCCCUACAUCAGCAUCAAUGUUCAGCCCAAAUGUUAAACGUUUGGUCGGUUUGGCUGGUCCUCCUGGUGCUGGAAAAAGCACAUUAGCAAAUGAAGUAGUACGUCGUGUAAAUAGGCUAUGGCCUCAGAAAGCUUCUUCUUUUGAUGCUGAGGUUAAUCCUCCCGAUGUUGCUAUUGUACUUCCCAUGGAUGGGUUCCAUUUGUAUCGUUCGCAACUUGAUGCUAUGGAGGAUCCCAAAGAAGCCCAUGCGAGAAGAGGAGCUCCAUGGACUUUUGAUCCUGCACUAUUGCUUAACUGUUUAAAGAAGCUGAGAAACGAGGGCUCAGUUUAUGUACCAUCAUUUGAUCAUGGAGUUGGAGAUCCAGUUGAAGAAGAUAUCUUUGUUAGCCUCCAGCAUAAAGUGGUUAUUGUAGAAGGAAACUACAUCUUGUUAGAAGAAGGAUCUUGGAAAGACAUCUCGGAUAUGUUUGAUGAUAAGUGGUUCAUCGAUGUCAAUCUGGAUACAGCAAUGCAACGAGUUGAAAACCGGCAUAUCUCAACUGGUAAACCACCAGAUGUUGCUAAAUGGAGGGUUGAUUAUAACGACCGACCCAAUGCAGAGCUGAUAAUAAAGUCGAAGUCGAAUGCUGAUUUACUGAUCAGAUCUAUUAACUUUUGAAUCUGCUUUCUUGCAUGAAGAUGGUUUGGGUAAAGACAGUCAUUUUCCUGCAUUGGAAAUCUUUUUAAUAAGCAAUUUUCUUUGCAUUUAACUGUGUGUGUAUUACUAUUUAUUUCCAAUGUUCUUGCAAUGUACCCGGAUUUUGUUCGUACAUUGUGUUUUCUUUUACACUCCUAAUAGGCAAAUCAUGUUUUUAAUAA